GCGAUCCUAACUAACACCCCCUCCUCUCUCCAUUGCCUUCCCUCCCAAGCACUCUGUUUCCAUAAAACGGCCUCCCCUGAUUUGGAAACAGAGCUCCUUUCCUCUCCUCCAUCCCUUAUCUCUUUCCUUUAUUUGUCGAUUUUGCUUAAAAAAGGUUGGAUUUUGUAAUCGCCUGUUUUUUCUACUUCAUUGUAGUUCUAAACUUAUCUUAUCUCGUCCGAUAUCUUUGAUUGUGUUAGACCCCAUCUAAAUCGAGUGGUAGCUAAUUGGAUGGGAAGAUUGGAUGAGAACGGUUUUUUUUGUCUAUGUUUUUAUUCAUUUUAUAUUAUAAUCUCAUCUCAUUAAAUUGUUCCCAACUCAGCUUGGAUUUUUUUUUUUAUAAUUUUUUUUUGUCUGUUAUAAAAAAAUUAUGUCUUGGAUGGGUACUGUGUUUUGAAAAAUUAACAUUGAUUUUUCUUUGUUCUGUUUUUUGGUCGUAAAAAAAAAAAGAAUCCCACUACAUUGAUCAGAUUUGAAGAUUGGUCGGAUCAUGUAGAUUGGAAUAUGGAUAUAUUUUUACGAGAUGUUAUUUUUUUUUUCACAAAUAAUAUGUUAUUUAUUUAUUAGUUUUGUAGAAGAUGAUGGGUGAAAGUUUUGGGUUAGAAGGAAGUUUCGAAUGGGCUGAGAAGGAGGGGCCCUAUACUAGUUUGCUGGCUUUGGAGAGUCCCAUGCUUCAGCAAGAAAGUAGACCUAAAGAUAGCCCUGAAGAGCCAGAGCCAAAUCCAAAUUGCAAGAGGCAGAAGAUAGAUUCAUGCAUUGACAUGACAGAGGAACCCAGUCCUCUAGGUUUGAUUUUACGCAAAACUCCAUCCUUCUUGGAUCUCCUUCAGAUGAGGCUAUCUCAAAAGAAGAUUACUCCUCUUAAUGAACCAACUUCAAGUACUAGAAUAGCAAAACAAAAGACCAGAAAUGACAAAUGUAACACGCAACCCAUACCAAUGAAAUGGAAGGCUUCAAAUUUUCCUGCAUCAAAACUCAAGAUCGGCUCUUGGGAGAGAAAAUCAACAAAUGAAGGUGAUAUUGUGGCUAAGUUUUAUUAUGCUAAGCGAAAACUUGUUUGGGAGAUACUAGAAGAAAGAUUGAAACAAAAGCUUGAGAUCCAGUGGACCGAUAUCUCAGCAAUCAGAGCACGCUUCACACAGGAUCAACCAGGCAUUCUGGAAGUUGAGUUAAGGCAGCAGCCCGUGUUCUUUAAUGAAGUAAAUCCACAGCCAAGAAAGCAUACUAAUUGGGAAGCUUGUUCUGAUUUUACGGGAGGGAAUGCAACCUCAUACAGGAGGCACUAUCUUGAGUUUCCAGAAGGAAUUUUGGAGAAACAUUAUGAAAGGCUUUUACGUAGUGAUGGUCGGCUACUUACAUUGAGCCAGAAUGUCUUUGCAAGCCAUGAUUCUCAGUUUUUUGAAACCAUUAAUAGGGACAUGCAAGAUACAUGCAUGUUCAACCCAAAAUUUCCACCUAUUUUAAAUCAACCAUCCAGCAACUGGUGUUCACCUCAUCUAAAUCAUAUCGACAAUCAAGGGAGUGCUCCUACUCACAUCUGGACUUUUGAAUCUCUUGAUCCAUCUGUUGGUGCCAACCAUCCACAUUCAUUGCUGAAACCAACACCUGGAGUCAUGCAAAUGAAUUCACCAAUGUCAGUCAUGGAGUACCCACCUCCCAUGGAUCAAGCUGCAAGUUGUUUGAAUCCAAGGAUAUCCUACUUGGACAACUUUGCACUUAACAAUGGCACCUGCACAACAAACUCUACCCUAAACAGAAUGACUCAGCUUUGCGAUGAGGACAUUCAAAGUUUGAGAAGCAUUGAUGACAUAAGCGAGCCUGGAAUCCUGCAGCUACCCUCGGGUGCCUAUGCAACUCCAGCUCCUAAUUUUCUUCCUCGACGAGUCUCUGCUAAUAACUUAUCAACUGAUAUAGCUGAAACAGAAAAUUUCCAUGCCCCCAUACAAGAUCUACAAUCACUCGAGGAGCAAUUAUUGAGCGACUCAGAUGAUCUGGAUACAUUUGCUUCUGAUGACUCUAGACUUCUUUCUAAAGUAAAAUCUAUUGGAUCACUCAUUGCCUUCGAAGCACUACCAGAUUCACAACCAAGAUCCUCAAAUGGAUUGGAUGAUAGUAGUAACCAAAACACCGAUGGCACAGACUCUCCAUUGGAAUCAAGGGACUCCAGGCAAUUUGACAACGAGGAGCAAACAGAUAUUAGCAGCUUGUUUCAAAGGACUGACCAUGUUGACUCGCAUUCCGUAUUGUUUUUUUGAUAAACCAGUAUGGCCUUGUUCUAAUUGCCAAUGACUUUAGGAGAGAAUUUUUGGGUUCCCAAAUGCAGUCUUUUUGUACUCUCUGUAGGGACAAUAUGGGAGUACAGCUUAGAUUAGAUAAUAUUUGACAUGUGGAACUUACUGGAGUAGAGUUUGCUUUCCAGAUGAUCGGAAAGUCUCUAACCUGUAGGUUCUCUCUUUACGAGAUAUUAUCUAUAUUCUGAUGUUCCUGUUGACUGUUCUUCUUUCAUUUGCUUAAUGAAAGUUAUUGGGCUUUAACCAAA